UCCCCGUUCGUCGUCGUGUCUGGUGUGACGUCAGCGGAUCCAACUCGAAAAUGUUCUCAGAAAAUUAAAAACCCUAAAAAUGGGUCCAAAAUGGAAACUUUCCGGUCAUGUUGGUUCUUCAGAAGUCUUUAGAAAGAACAACAUAGACUAUGUGACCCAUCGAGAUGAAAAAAACCCCGCUAAUACGGGAUAUUGCUAGUGCUUUGUAGUAAUUCAAAUUCAGAGUGUCUUCGUUCAAAAUGGCGACCCUGAGAAAUGGAGUGUACAUCGUUCAGGGGGAAAUGUCUCUUGUCGUCUCUGCCCUGCGAAGAAAUGCAAGAUGGGGAUCCCGUAGCCAUCAGGACGAAGAGCAAGAUCCACUACUGCAUGGGUUUUCUCAGCUGAAAGAACAGCUGUCUACUGUUGACGAUCUGAGUGAGGUAGACGUGAACACAUUUCUUGGCCCAUUUCUGGAUGUCAUCCGGUCAGAAGACACAACAGGGCCAAUCACAGGCGUGGCCUUGACGUCUGUCAACAAGUUCCUCUCUUAUGGACUCAUAGAUCCCACCAGUGAAAGUGCUGCGUCAGGAAUAGAGAACCUGGCAGAUGCAGUCACCCAUGCCCGGUUUGUUGGGACUGAUCCAAGCAGUGAUGAGGUGGUGUUGAUGAAAAUCCUCCAGGUCCUUCGCACCCUGUUACUGACUCCAGUUGGUGCCCACAUGACCAAUGAAUCAGUCUGUGAGAUUAUGCAGUCAUGCUUUCGGAUCUGCUUUGAGACACGGUUAAGUGAAUUAUUGCGACGAUCUGCUGAGCAAACACUAAUGGACAUGGUUCAGCUAUUGUUCUCAAGGCUGCCACAGUUUAAGGAUGAUUUCAAGCCUGGUCAAAUGACAAACAUCAGAAAGGUCUUCAAAAGGGCAGGUGCAAUCGCUUCAGGGAAGAGAAAAAAGCAUUUCUCCCCAAAGCCCAAACGUUCCCAUCUUGAGUCACCCAGCCAGACAGCACAAGAGAGCCAAGACCCCCCUGAACACACCCCUAUUGGUCAGCCAACAGAGUCACAAAGUGAACAAACUCAGGGGGAGUCAACAACCGAGCCUGAGGAAACAAGCAGCAGACGUAGCAGUACUGCUACAGAUGACACUAAACCUGAGAGAGGGACUCUCUCAGAUGCUGAUGCUGCUAAUGAUCAGGGAGGUCCAUCUGUAGCAUCACAGAUUAUGCAGGAUGGGGGUUCAAUCACUGUUGAAGGAAUGGCUAUUUCUGAGGAGGAUCGUGAUGGCAGAGCUGAUGUUGUUGAUGACAAGGAUGAGGAAGAGAGCAAUGCUAGCACCGUCAUUACCGACCACAUGGAGGAGGAUGUGUCUACAGACCUCGCAUCUUUGGAUGAGGGAGAUGACAAUGUGGAAGAGGUGCAAGCUGAGGGGACUGCAGCCCCUGACGAUUAUGUCAAUCCAAGAGGGGUGCGGUUCACACCCCAACAGCCUGCCAAGGAAGGCACUGGCCCCCUUGUACCAUAUGGCUUGCCAUGUAUCCGGGAACUCUUCAGGUUCCUCAUUUCUUUGAUUAAUCCUCAGGACAGGCACAACUCAGAGGCGAUGAUCCAUAUGGGCCUAUCCCUGCUUACAGUUGCACUGGAGUCAGGAGCACACCACCUUGGCACGUUCACCUCCCUCAUUAACCUGGUCAAGGACGAGCUGUGCAAGAACCUGUUCUUGCUUAUCCAGUGUGACUUCCUUGGUCUGUUCGCCAUGGCACUGAGAGUCUGCUUCUUGCUGUUUGAGGCGUUACGAGUUCAUCUCAAGCUCCAGUUUGAGAUGUUUUUUAAGAAGUUGAUGGAAAUCCUAACAAUGGAUAUGCAGGGUGUUCAUUAUGAGAAGCGUGAACUUGUCUUGGAUGCCAUCAACCAGUUGUUCCGGGUGCCUAAUCUUGUCACAGAGCUGUAUCUGAAUUAUGACUGUGAUCUCUACUCUGCAAAUGUGUUUGAGGAACUCUGCAAGCUCCUAUCCAAGAAUGCCUUCCCUGCUGGUAGCUUGUUCAGCGUACAUCUCCUUGCGCUGGACGCAUUGUUGGGGGUGGUUCAGAGUGUAGAGGGACACUGCCAUGCAGCUCUUGUCAGCUCCGUAGAGAAAGCACUAGAAGACAGCAUGCCCGUGGAGAAGGAGAAGAAAAAAAAGACGAAGGAAAAGACAGGUGACGAUGACUCUGGUACUGACGAGCACUGUGAGACGCCAACACACCCACCCUCCCCCCCUACGUCAGGUUAUGCCAUGGCGCAAAGGAUGACUGUGGGAGUGAAGGGUGAGGAAAGUGAUGAGACCCCACAAGAGACAGCAGAGGAAAAGAGCCUGGAUCAUCGUGAUGAGAAGUGUGUAGACCUGGCAGGCGAGCGCUUUCACAGUCUCUCAGUUGGACGGCUCUUCUCUUCCUGUCUUCCCACGCCCGAGACGCUAGCUAUGCUCAAGCAGCGGAAAAAGCUGUUACAAGCCGGCUCGGAGCACUUCAACAACAAGCCGAAAAAAGGCAUCGAAUUCCUCCAAGAGCACGGCCUGCUUCAUACCCCGCUUGACCCGGAAGAGAUGGCACGCCUGCUGCGCGAGAACCCACGACUCGACAAAAAGACGAUUGGCGAGUAUAUUGGCAAGAAGGACAACUCUAAGGUCCUGGAUGCGUUCGUCAGGUCGUUUGAGUUUCAUGAUCUACGGGUGGACGAGGGCUUACGGCAGUUUCUUGAGUCGUUUCGUCUUCCCGGAGAGAGUCCUGUGAUCGAGCACAUUAUGGAAUUUUUCUCUGAGGUCUUCUUUGAGUGUAACCCCGAGGUGUACGCCAACAAGGACGCGGUAUUCACCCUGGCCUAUGCCGUCAUCAUGUUGAACGUCGACCAGCACAACGCCAACAUAAAGCAGCAGAAGCCCAUGGUGUUAGAGGAUUUCAAACGCAAUCUACGCAAGAUAAACGGCGGAAAUGACUUCCCCGCUACCAUGCUGGAAGAAAUCUUCACCUGCAUCAAGAAUGAGGAAAUAGUUAUGCCGGCCGAGCGGACGGGGAGAAUACGAGAUACCUAUGAAUGGAAGGUUCUCUUAAAGCGAAGCCUCACUCCUGAAGGGAAGUACGUGAGCGCUGUCGGCUCAAGCUUCGAUCAAGAUCUGUUCUGCAUCAUUUGGGGGCCCACCGUCGCGGCACUCUCCUAUGUGUAUGACAACGGCGUGGAGAAGAGUGUCGUGCAAAAGGCCAUCACUGGAUUCAGGAAGUGCUCGCUAAUCUCGGCGCACUACAGCCUGUCUGAUGUGUUUGACAACCUGGUCAUCUCCUUGUGCAAGUUCACCACCCUUCUCGCACCUCCCGAGGCGGGUGAGUCUCUAGCUGUGGCGUUUGGGAGCAAUCUGAAGGCCCAGCAGUCAGCACGCACGCUAUUCGCCCUCGCCCAUCGCCAUGGUGAUAUCCUGAGAGAAGGAUGGAAGAAUAUUAUGGACUGCAUGCUGCAACUCUUCAAGGCCAAGCUCCUACCAAAGUCCAUGGUCGAGGCGGAGGAUUUCGUCAGCGGCCGAGUCAGUUUGCUGAAGGAGGAGCUCCCAACAGCAAGACAAGACACAUCUAUCUUCUCGUGGUACCAAUACCUUGUGAAUCCUGAGCCUGCGAACACUCGUGGUCAGACACCUGAAGACAAGGAGGCUCAGAAACAAGCACAACUCAUGAUCAGAGACCUCCACCCUGAGCUGCUGAUCACAGAGAGCAAGUUCCUGCGGUUUGAGUCACUGAAUGAGCUGAUCAAAGUUCUUACGUUCACGUCCAACCCCGACACGUACGAGUCUGUGGGUGCGCACUGUGACGAGGAGGCGGCGGGAUUCUGCCUCGAGUUACUUAUACGCGUGGUGCUGCAGAAUAGGGACCGAGUGUCGCUUCUGUGGCACACCGUUCGAGAUCAUCUGUCCAACAUCAUCAUCAACGCCACCCAUCACAGCUGUCUAGUGGAGCGUUCAGUUGUUGGUCUGCUCCGCCUGGCCAUCCGUCUCCUUCGCAAGGAAGAGAUCUCUAACGAGGUCCUGACCACGCUACGUGUCCUACUCAUGAUGAAACACAGCGUACUAAUGGCGUGUGGGCGGCAGAUCUCUUUCGGCCUCCAUGAGCUUCUUCGCACCAACGCGGCAAGCAUCACGUCCACUCGUGACUGGGUUACCGUCUUCACCCUCCUCGAAUGCGUAGGGGCCGCAGCCACCCCUCCUACCGUCACGCCCGGCCCAAAACCGGACAAAGCAGACUCUGAUUCUGGGAUCUCAGAUGGUGUAUCAAGCUGUGAUAGUCAGAUCGGCUUGUUCACUGCAAUCGAGGCUGAGCCGGAUAUCAGUGCUUCGGCAGUAGGCGAUGCAUGGUUGCUGAUCUCUAAGGAGGACUCGGAAGGGUCACCGAUCAAUCAAUACGACCUGACUGUCAGCGUACAGCUAAACAAGCACGACAGCAAGUGUUUCGUUAAGUCUUGUCAAAGCUUGACCUUCCUGAUACAAGACUGCGCGCAUGUCAGCAAGGAAAACUUCCUUCACUGCGUACACGCGGUCAGAGUCUACACAGAAGCGAGCUUGAAUGGCGGCACUGGCUUCAGACAGAACGAGAAGAACCUUAAAGACCUGAGCGCUGACAAUAAGAGCGGGAGCUGGGGACGAUCCAGUAAAAAGGGGGUACCUGCCAAGUCAUCCAAAAAGAGCCCUACAGCUAUCACCAAGCGAAAAGCGGCCCGCUCAGCCGGGAGCAGUCCUGCGACGAGUGAAGACGAACUUGAGAUUUACGAGACUAUCAAUAACGCGUACGAUGCAAUGGCACUCCAACUGAUCGAGCUCAUGUACGCGCUGCACACCUGCGCGGCUAGCUUCUACGGCCGCAAUGAUUUCAAGAGUGAUGUCGACCAGGCACAACCACUCGCCGCAAGUCAGGACGAAACCAUAGACCCCACAGAGGCUUCAGACCCCCCCAGCCUGAGCUCCCUCCCUGAUUCAGAGGGAUCCGUCCAGAUGGAGCAGCUGUCCGAGACAGGUGCGGAGAUGAGCUUCCUCUGGACCAAGUGCUGGUGCCCUCUACUGCAAGGCAUCGCGCGGCUGUGUUGUGAUAAUCGCAAGGAGGUGCGCAUGUCGGCGUUGACCUUCCUACAGCGUGCACUGCUGGUACAGGACAUGCAGGUGUUGAGCGCCGUCGAGUGGGAAUCCUGCUUUAAUAAGGUGUUAUUCCCGAUGUUGUCUCGCCUACUGGAGGUCCCGAACCCCGACGACCCCAUUGGCUUGGAAGAGACGCGCAUGCGAGCUGCCACACUGCUGUCCAAGGUUUUUCUUCAGCACCUGAGCCCGCUGUUAUCGCUGUCUACCUUCACAGCGCUGUGGCUUACUAUUCUUGAUUUCAUGGACAAGUACAUGCACGCUGACAAAAGCGACCUUCUCUUCGAGGCGAUCCCGGAGUCUCUUAAGAACAUGCUGCUGGUCAUGUCCACCGCGGGAAUCUUCCAUCAGGAGGACUACAUGCUGUCGCUAGGCAACCGUCCCGUAGAGCCUUCAGGGUCUGCUCGGCUUGUCCGGUCAGACUCGGACGUGCAUCGGUACUCGGCGUUGUGGCAGGUCACGUGGGAGCGCAUAGACUGUUUCCUCCCGAACCUGAAGAAUGAGCUGUUCUCCCGCUCCAGGCCCCCAUCAAGGGCGAGCUCGCCGGCGGCACCGCAACCCGAGCCAACGAUUAGUCAGUCUGAGCCCACCAUCAGGCAGUCUGAGUCAGCGGCUAAAGAUACUUCUCCGGAGGCUCCUGCGCAGCCACCUACCGCCGCUGACCCGGUUUCUCGAUCUACUACCCCUACCCGUCCCACCAGUCCUCCCCCCAAGAGUACAAGCAUCUCCUCCCUGCCCGACUCCGCACCGCAAGUUUGCGUCAUGCUCCAGCCGCCGCUACCGUCGCUAAGCAACAAAAACCCCACGCCUCCGCAACUAGGCUCACUAGCCAAUAACAUUAGGCCAUCUGUGCCCAUCAUCCUAGCUCCCAGUCCCUCGCUGGAUCGCGCCGUCAAAAAGGCUGACUCGAUCGAGGCCCCUCCUAGCCCGUCCCAGUCCACACUUAGUUCGGCCGAGCCCUCGAAAGCAGCGGAGCAAGAGGAGACUUCGACAAGGGAAGAAAAUUCUGUGGAUCCGCAACCUGAGCCACAAGGAGACCAAACACCCGGGAAAGACAAGGAAAAACCUGCCAAACGGCCAGUCUACGACAUCUAAGGGAUAGCAUCGCGCUUAAAUGUGCUAUUUGAGGAGAUGGAAAUAAGGUGUCCUUGUAUUCGGUGCGAGAUAUCUUGAAGAUUGGUGAAGUCGCGGAGACUUUAGGCCCGAGCACGGCGAAGACUGCACACACAUUCUCUGUAUGGAGUGCUUCAAUAUCAUCGCUACAUUCGUAGAAUAAACGCAUGUGUAUACAUCAUUUCAACUAUCAAUUCCUCCACUUCUGCCAACAAAGCGCUAAGGACUAAAGACUUAAUGAUGUCCAUUAGCUCCAUUUAUAUAUCUGGGACAUAACAUUAAUACCCAUGAUACACCUGGGUCAUAAUAUUAACCCCCAUGAUGCAAGGAAGGUAUUGAAAUGUUUCAGUAUAAGACACAAAGAGUGCGGAUUUUAUUCAUAUUUUGUUUUGAAAAUAUAUGUUGCUACACGAAUUUUUAUUUCCAAGGGGACUCAAUCAUCCUUGGAUCGAUACGGGCCAAUAUUUUAUUUUAUUUUGUUUCCAUGUGAUUGCACUGGAUUGCAGACGAUCAAGUAGGAUAAUAUGGAAACUCACUCUGCGAUCAAGUAGGACAAUAUGGAAACCAGCCUUUACAGCUUUUUGUAAAUUACACAUGCACGGGGAAAUUACUUCAUAUUUGUCAGGAAAAGUUGUGAAGAAUCAUGAAUCAAUGAAAAUUAAUAAUUGUAAUUAUUAUUCUCCUAAUACACGAACUGUCAAGUGUU